GGGGAGACGCCCCCCGUGGGCUCCGGUCCCCCCGUGGGCUCCGGUCCCCCCGUGGGCUCCGGUCCCCCCGCGCUGUCUCGGGGCCGGGACCGACGCCCCGCUCUCGUUUCCCCCGCAGAGAAGCACCUGGUGCUGCUGCGGGACGGGCGGACGCUCAUCGGGUACCUGCGCAGCAUCGACCAGUUCGCAAACUUGGUGUUGCACCAGACUGUGGAGCGCAUCCACGUGGGCAAGAAGUAUGGGGACAUCCCUCGGGGCAUCUUUGUCGUGAGGGGCGAGAACGUGGUUCUGCUGGGGGAAAUUGACCUGGAGAAGGAGAGCGACACACCUCUGCAGCAGGUGUCCAUUGAGGAGAUCCUGGAGGAGCAGCGGGUGGAGCUGCAGGCCAAGCAGGAGUCGGAGAAGCUGAAGGUGCAGGCGCUGAAGGAGCGGGGCCUGUCGGUGCCGCGGGCGGACACGCUGGACGAGUACUAGAGCUGCUGCCCCUCCGGGGCUCCUGAUCCGCCUGUGCAGGGACAGAGCUCCUUGGAAAGGCGGCCUUUAUUUUCAGAUUGUAUUUUCUGUACACAAAUCAUGCCUUUAGUCUCCUUGCAGAGAAGGAGAUGAGGUCUGGCACAACGGCUGGGAGCGAGCGUUUGUGUUUGGGAGGCAAAUCGCUGCUCUUUGGGUUUGUUUGCUUUUUCCUCCUCAUGUGACUCUGGGCGAGAGUUUUCCUUAAAGUGUAAAUAAAUCCUUGAUCCUGGCA